AUGGAUCUUAUCCCAUUGGAAAAAAUGUUUGUUAUAUCUCUAACCGUCAUCAGUAAGGGUUUCAUAAUAUUUGGCGGUUCACUGGCAUAUGUAUUCCAGUACAAAAAAAUUUAUGAACGAGAAGAUGCUAGUGGAUUUUCAUUGUUUGUCUGCUUGACACUGCUAAUAGCGAAUAUACUUCGAAUUAUGUUUUGGUUUGGCAAGCGAUUUGAAUUGGCACUUGUUACUCAAAGCGUAGUAAUGCUGAUAUCAAUGAUAUUAAUGUUGGAAAUAUCAGUGCGAACAAAUCGAAAACAUGUAUAUAAAGCGCAGCGUGCCUCCGUUUGGACUGGUCAACUGAUAAGUCAUUUUUGGCAAUGGAAUGAUCUCUCAAGUUAUUUCAUUCUAAUAAUUGCUUUCAUUAUAUUUUCGUCUAUACUUACUUAUUUAUUGAGCGGGUAUAUAAUAUAUGUGGAAGCUCUUGGUCUUACUGCUUUACUUUUCGAAGCAUGUCUGGGUUUCCCUCAACUAAAACAGAAUUGCUCAAGGCGUUCUACAUCGGGGAUGAGUAUUGGCAUGUUACUUGUGUGGGCGGUUGGAGAUUGUGGUAAAACAGCUUAUUUUAUCUAUGAAAAUAGUCCAGCUCAAUUUUGGUUAUGUGGAAUAAUACAAAUUAUAAUCGAUUUAUCAAUAAUGUUACAAGUCUAUUGUUUUGGCAAAAAAGGAGCAAGAAGUCAGGUACAGCUGCCACAGAGCGACCCUUGA